AUGUCUAUGGUCAGCUGGCUUCGCCAUUGUGGCCAUGGACAUUUAAUAGAUGAACAAAAUCAAUCGUCUCAUAUUGGCCCAUCGAUAUCGCCACCGCCACCACCAAUACCUCCACGUGAUUAUAAUAGAAUUGAUCCUUAUUGUGAUUCAUAUAAUCGUUCAAUGUCUUUUUCUCGAAAUGAGAAUUUCGGCACUUAUCCACGUGAUCCUCCAUAUAGACCUGAAAAUUUUAUUUCAUCUCCUACACAAUUUUUAGCACCACAUACCAAUCAAUCACAUUUUGAUCCGGAUAUUGAAGCUAUGAAAUGUGAUCCAAAUACUCGUGUUGUACAAAAACCAGCACAAGAUAACGUCGUAUACAAACAACGAGUUUUUGUAAGAUACUUACAACCUCCAACUCCACCUCCUAGUGGAGCAAUUAUUGUACGAGAAAAACAACCACCACAACCACCUCCUGAUUCACCUCUCGUUAUCAAACGUGCUCAACCUCCACCUCCAACUCCACCACCGAUUACUAUUCGUGAACGUCCACCACCAAUGCCACCACCUGAAGGUACUACUGUUAUUAAUAAAAUGAUUCCAGCUCCAGCAAAACCUUCACGUCAAGUAAUUGUUCAACAAUAUCCUCAGUUACCACCCAAACCUCAAGAUGUUAUUAUAGAACGAUGGCUUCCUGUGCCAAUACGUAAACGACGUAUUUUUUAUGAACGUUUACCUGCUCCUGUUAAUCCACCAACACCGGUAAGACCAAUGAUUGUUCAAUAUAGUCAACCAAAAAUAUGUAUUCAACGUGAAGUUCGUACUGAACCUUGCGUGCAAUCUCCUUGUCAACCAGUAUCAUGUCAUACGAAUAUAAAACAACAUAUAUGUUCAACAUUAGCACCUUCAUCUAUGAUGUCAUAUAAUCCGUGUUCAACCUUACAACAAAGUCAUUGUUGUACGAGUCAACCUCAAUCAAAUAUUGUGAUUAUGCAAAAACAACAACCAAAUACAAUAUCUUCAUCAUGUUGUGCAAUGCCAUUAACUUGUGUAUGUUCAGCAAAGUCAACCACUGGAUUAGGUGCUUAUGGUUGUGGUAUAACAACUAUGCCAACUGUUGGCCCUUGUGGUACACAAAGAAUGGUUUAUGAUGUACCUGAAAAUGUUCCCAUUGAUAAUGUUAUUCGCCAAUUUGGUAUUGAUCCAUGUUGUAUCCAACGUCCACCAAAUAUGGUUGCAUGCGUGUAA